GCGGUUUGACCGACAGCAGCUUCCGCUCCGGCCGGGCCCGAGCUUCCGGGAGGACGGGAGCCGCGGGACGGACAUGGCGGCGGCGGUGACAGCGGCGACGGUUGUGCGCCUCAGAGGUUUCGGGAGCUUCAGCUGCAGAAGCAGUUGGGCGCUCGCUGCUCAUGCUCGCGCUCUCCAUCAGAGCACACUCACGGGAAAUGCAAGCAGCGCUGCUGCAGUUACACCAACAAGUAAGGCUGCUGCCCCCAAGAAGUCACUGAUUCCUAGCAACAAAGGGGAGUUCAUCAUCACCAAGUUAGAUGAGCUGGUGAACUGGGCACGUAGGAGUUCCCUGUGGCCGAUGACCUUCGGCCUCGCUUGCUGCGCCGUCGAAAUGAUGCACAUGGCAGCCCCGAGGUACGACAUGGACCGGUUCGGAGUGGUUUUCCGCGCCAGCCCCCGCCAGUCUGACGUCAUGAUUGUCGCUGGAACUCUCACCAACAAGAUGGCUCCAGCCCUGCGCAAGGUUUACGACCAGAUGCCUGAACCUCGUUACGUCAUAUCUAUGGGCAGCUGUGCCAAUGGGGGCGGCUAUUACCAUUACUCCUACUCUGUGGUGCGGGGCUGCGACAGGAUCGUGCCAGUAGAUAUUUAUGUUCCGGGCUGCCCACCCACAGCAGAAGCACUCCUGUACGGAAUCCUGCAGCUACAGAAAAAAAUCAAGCGGGAACGGAGGAUAAGCAUCUGGUACCGGUCGUAAGGUGUCAUCAGGAACCAUAAGGUGCAGAUGGAUGUCUUUGGAGCAGGACAGCUGAACCUUUCUCUGAUGUAGAAGUUCUCGGCAGUAUAACUUAUAUUGUAAAUUUAUAUGUAGAGUCCAUCAUUAAAGACCGUCUUGACCUA